AUGGUGGGUGGGUGGUGGGAUAUGGGAGGAUGGGUUGGUUGGUGGGUGGGAGUAUGGGAGGAUGGGUGGGUGGUGGUGGGAGUAUGGGAGGAGGGUGGGGUGGGUGGUGGGAGUAAUGGGAGGAUGGGUGGGUGGUGGGGUGGAGUAUGGGAGGAUGGGUGGGUGGAGUGGGUGGGAGGGGGGAGAGUAGGGAGGAUGGUGGGUGGGUGGGUGGGAGUAUGGAGGAUGGGUGGGUGGGUGGGUGGGAGGGGGGAAGGUGGGAGUGGAGAAGGGAGGGGGGAAGGGGGUAUGGUUUGUGUUAGAAGGUUGGGGAAGGGGAGGGGUGGUGAUGAUGUUUUGGUUUGGUGGUGUAUUGUGGAGUGGGGUUUAGUUGAUUGGGUGUGGGAUUUGGGUGGUGUGGGGGGUUGUGUAUGGUGGAAGGUUGGGGGAUGGGGGGGUGGAUGA